UCCCAGCAGCGGCCCGGGAAAGGUUAUCGGAGCCGACACCCCCAACACCGCAGCCCUUUGGCAACGUUUCCCCAGCCGAGUCUCUUGUCUUCGUUCUCGCCGUCAUCAGCUGACUAAGCAUCGGGAUUUGCACCAUCACGCGGACAUCAUCCACACUGCGGGCCGGACCGGUGCGGAGUCAAUGCCAUCUUCGAAGAACCGCCAGGCGCUCCUGCUUCAGACUCGCCGCGCCACGCACGUCGUGUGAGCGCCAACUGCCGCCUCGCUGGCUCCUGUUAGCGCGCAGGGAUGUUGAUGUUGCCCACGGACGCAGCAGCGCCUCGAUGAACAACCUGGCCGUCGCGACUGCGUCCUAACGCUGCCUGUACUCUGUAGAAGAAGGACAACUCCCAUUCCCUGGCACCGUCCCACUUCCUCUUGAUCUCCAGAUCUCCAUUGAACACCUCAAAAGACUCCUCUCGUCACCACACCUCCACCCCUUGGAGGGACGCUCCUGUUUUGCAGCUAUGCCAAAUAAUACUAGGGUGACCCAGCUGGAGCACAGCAGCGAGCCGGUCACCGAGUCUGUGGCCGACCUGCUGUCUCUGGAGCACCCGAUGGACUAUAAGAGCAGUCAGAUGAGCAUGGGACUCAGUCCUGGCUCCACUGCCCCGGGGAGGGCGCUGCUACCGUCCCCUGACCCUGAUGCAGAGGACGGACGGCCAGCUUGGAACAAUAAAUUGGAGUACAUUCUGGCACAGGUGGGCUUCUCUGUGGGCCUGGGCAACGUCUGGAGGUUCCCCUACCUGUGCCAGAAGAAUGGUGGAGGUGCUUACUUGGUGCCCUACUUCAUUCUCCUCCUCCUCAUCGGUAUCCCUCUCUUCUUCCUGGAAUUGGCGGUGGGACAGAGGAUUAGGCGCGGCAGCAUCGGUGUGUGGAACUAUGUGUACCCCCAGCUGGGGGGCAUCGGUGUCUCUAGUCUGAUGGUGUGCGGCUUUGUGGGCCUCUACUACAAUGUGAUCAUCGGAUGGAGCAUCUUCUACUUCUUCCAGUCUUUCCAGUACCCGCUUCCUUGGGCUGAAUGUCCCGUCCACAUCAAUGGAACCCAAGCCACCGUGGAGCCAGAGUGCGAGAAGAGCUCAGCGACCACAUACUUUUGGUAUCGUCAGACCCUCAACAUCACCAGCAGCAUCGAUGACACUGGCGGACUGAACUGGAAGAUGACUCUUUCCUUACUGGUGGCUUGGAUCCUGGUGUGCUUGGCCGUCAUCAAGGGCAUCCAGUCCUCUGGGAAGGUGAUGUACUUCAGCUCUCUCUUCCCGUACUUGGUGCUCUUCUGCUUCCUGGUGAGAGGGUUGUUGUUGAGAGGAGCGGUGGAUGGCAUCGCGCACAUGUUCACCCCCAAGCUGGAGAAGAUGCUGGAGCCGCAGGUGUGGAGGGAGGCGGCCACCCAGGUCUUCUUUGCGCUAGGUCUGGGCUUUGGCGGCGUCAUCGCCUUCUCCAGUUACAACAAGCGAGACAACAACUGCCACUUCGACGCCGCUCUGGUCUCCAUCAUCAACUUUGUGACCUCCAUCCUGGCCACGUUGGUCGUGUUUGCCGUCCUGGGCUUCAAGGCCAACAUCAUGAACGAGAAGUGUGUUGUUGAAAAUGCUGAGAAAAUCCUCGUGUAUCUGAAUACCAGCGUGCUGAGCAAAGAGCUCAUCCCUCCUCAUAUCAACUUCUCCCACCUGAGCACAAAGGACUACGCGGAGAUGUACGGCGUCAUCAGGACGGUGAAGGAGGACAACUUUGCCCAGCUGGGCCUGGAUCCCUGUGUGCUGGAGGAUGAACUCAACAAGGCGGUCCAGGGCACCGGUCUGGCGUUCAUCGCUUUCACGGAAGCCAUGACGCACUUCCCCGCCAGCCCUUUCUGGUCUGUCAUGUUCUUCUUCAUGCUGAUUAACUUGGGCCUGGGGAGCAUGAUUGGAACCAUGACGGGCAUCACCACACCGAUACUCGAUGCCUUCAAGGUCCGCAAAGAGAUCCUAUGCGUGGUCUGUUGCGUCAUCGCCUUCCUGCUGGGUCUGCUGUUUGUGCAGCGCUCGGGGAACUACUUUGUCGCCAUGUUUGACGACUACUCCGCUGGUUUGCCACUCACCGUGGUGGUCAUCCUGGAGAACAUCUCUGUGGCCUGGAUUUAUGGCACCAAACGGUUCAUGCAGGACCUGGAGGACAUGCUUGGAUUCAGGCCGUACUCUUUCUAUUACUACAUGUGGCGGUACGUGUCACCGACUGUACUGGUGGUGCUUAUUAUGGCCACUGUCAUCGAGAUGGCCGUCAGCCCCGCGGGGUACAACGCCUGGGUUGAGGCCGAGGGCUCAGAGCGCUUCCACAGCUACCCACCCUGGGCUUUGGGCAUGGCCUACUCCCUCAUCGUGGUGGCCAUGUUGCCCUUACCUCUUAUUUUCAUGGCCCGCCACUUCAACCUGGUGUCUGACGGCUCCAACAAGCUGUCCGUGUCCUACCGGAAAGGCAUGAUGAAGGACAUGUCCAACCUGGAGGAGCAGGACGAGCAGCGCUUCAUCCUCAGCAAGAACCCCGGCGAGGCUCCUUCUCCGAUGCCUCCUUACCGUGCCUACCUGGGGCCCGGCGGCACCCAGGAGAUGACCAACACCAACUACGGCACCGGCACCAAGACGGGCUACCAGAACAUCGGCUCGCCCGAGUCCGAGCUAUGAUGCAGCAUUUGCAUCUUUGGCCACUUGGAAAAAGGAAAAGUGUCCCAGUGUUUCCAUGUUCUUCUCUUCUUUGUAUCACCUUCACUUUUCUCCGAGGCGUCCGCCGAGAGCUUUGCCGAGCUUCAGGUGUGUCCAAUUCCAAAGAAGCCACGUUUAGGAGCUGGGUCGGGAAUGUAAGAGCACAAACUUAGCCGCCGGUUUACAUUUCAAUGCUUCACAUUUGACCUUUGACCUCUGACCUAUGUAAAAGGAGGUGAUGGACGAGUGAUGGAGUUAAACAAGCACAUGCUACCUUUGGGACAGAUGCAGCUCGUUAGAACCUCUCUGAGCCUGAAGAUGGAACAAAAAGCUCUGCUUCUUCGCUUUUCCAUUUCAAUCCAUCGUUUAAUCAAGCUGACCGCUUUUGUUUGAUCAGCUUCACGCUUGUCGUCACGGAGACGUCAGUUUGAUGCCCAAAGGUGUUUAUGCUGAAUGCGAGGCUCCUGAGGCCCUCGCUGCGGAAAAAUAGAGCUGGCUGCCCAGGGGACGCCGUGGCAACGCGCCAUGGAU